AUGCCGCCUCGAAUACCGAUAUUAUCCUGCCUGCGGGCGCCGAAGACAGCCCUUCCGACAUCCCAAUUCACGCUCCCGCUCCGCCCUUUCUCCGCAACACCCCUUCUCGAAGCCAAAGCCAAAUCGAGAUCAAAGCCAUCCUCUGGCAGAAAGAAGCAGACUCACGAUCCGUAUGUCCUUGCCCAGCAAGCCCGAAAAAAGGCUGCCAACCUCUCCCGCCGCGCCGACCUCGAAGCCGGACGCGUAGCCUCCCUCGGCGACCCCAUCCGCGGUAACCCUACCCCCUUCAUCGAAUCCUUCGUUACCGGCGCGCCUCUCCAAAAUGCAGAGGAUGCGAAGAUACCGCAAGAUAAUAAGCAUCUAAACUAUGCUCUCAAACCGGAGGCCGUUCAGAAGCAGCUCGUGAAGAGCGAACAGAUCGCGAUCCCACUGGAUGAAGCGAAGCCGAAGGAAAUGCCAACACCAGGAGCGAUGAACGUCCUGUACAAUCGAAGUCAGCAGAAUAGGCAGACUCCAGAAGCGCCUGAGCCUACGGCGGAAGAGAUCGAAGCAAAGAGGAAGCAAGAUCAUGCGCGCGCCGCCGAAGCCAUCGCUCGCAUCACUGCGCUCGAGAACGGCAGUUCCAAGGACAGAAUGCGCGUCAACAUUGCGCGCUGCGUCGAGACCUUCGGCCGCCACAAGACAGACCGCAUCUUCCCCCCACGCGCCCCUCCGCUACCCUCCAUAAACUCCACGGAUCCGCAUCCGAUCCGGCCCGAGACGAACAUCGAAGGGGUCAAGAAGCGCAUUGGUCCGGAUACCGGAUCGUCGGAGGUGCAAAUAGCGAUCUUGACGGCGAAGAUCAAGACACUGGCGGAUUUCCUCGAAAGUCGGGGCAAGGGCGACAAGCACAACAAGCGUAAUCUAAGGCUACUCGUUCACAGGCGUCAGAAGCUUCUGAAAUACCUCCGGAGGAAGGAGAGGGGCGGGCCAAGGUGGCAGCAUUGCAUUGAGACGCUAGGGCUGACAGAGGGGACGUGGAAGGGCGAGAUCAGCUUGUAA